CAUGUUGGAAAUUAUUACAUAAAGUUUCGUCUAAAUUCAACGAAUAGAAGAUACUGACACCGUAAACAGCUGUUCAAACAAAAGCCAUAUUUUGACAGACUAUCGCAUGGUCUAUUCAAGCCCAUACUGAGCAGAGCCCCAGCUGUGGCCCCAGUCAGACUCCUGCCUCUGUGAUGAGGCGGCGUUAGCGGCCGGCGAAUGCAGCGACAGUCACGCUUUACGUGCACCGGCAAACCCGGUCACAUCGGCGGCGAGAGCACAAUACCGCCAGCACGUCUGAGGGAGCACCGCACCCACUCGGCCAGACAGCUCCGCCAGUGCAGGUGCGGACACCAGAGGUGUCGGAGGACAGCCCGGUGGUUAGUGGUGUCAUUUCAGCUUAGUCAAGGACUGCAGGUGGACGCCUGACGCGAGUCACUGCUGACGGCGCGUUACUGUGCAGCUCAGCAGCGAUGGACAACCCGGCCUUCACGGCUGACGAUGGAGUUCGGAGCAGGCAGGGAGGCAAGGGCAGUGGAGCUAAAGAUGGUCUCCAACCGUCUGCUGCCGACUCCGGCCACGAGACGCGCAUCCCGCGCACUGUGGGCGCCUUCUCAGGCACGGCCAUCAUCGUGGGCACCAUGAUCGGCUCCGGCAUCUUCGUGUCGCCCAAGGGCGUGCUGGAGCGGACGGGCUCGGUGGCGCUGUCGCUGCUCGUCUGGCUCGGCUGCGGAGUUCUCAGCACACUGGGCGCGCUCUGCUACAUUGAGCUCGGCCUCGUGAUUCCAGAGUCGGGCGGCGAGUUCUCGUAUCUGUUCCGCGGCUUUGGACCGCUGCAUCGCUUCUUCGGACCAUUACCGGCUUUCUUGGCAUCGUGGAGCAUCAACCUAAUCACCAAGCCGGCAUCGACGGCCAUCCUGAGCCUGGCGUUUGCAGAGUACUGUGUACAGCCGUUCUUCAGUGUCGAGUGUCCGCCGCCGCCAGCCGUCAUCCCUCUGGUGGCCGCCGCAGCCUGCUGGCUCAUCACCAUCGCGCACUGCUACAGCGUGCGCAUGGGCACUGGCAUGCAGAACCUCUUCACCGUCUCCAAGCUGAGCGCCGUGGCGCUGGUGGUCGCCGGCGGCGUGUACUCGCUCUACCAGGGCAACACCCGACACCUAGCCACCGGCUUCCAGGGCAGCACGAGCUCGGCCAGCGACGUGGCCACCGCCUUCUACAGCGGCCUCUGGGCCUACGACGGCUGGAACAACCUCAACUACCUCACCGAGGAGGUGGUCAACCCGGCGCGCAACCUGACGCUGGCCAUCGUGGUGGCGCUUCCGCUGGUCACCAUCUGCUACCUGCUCAUCAACGUGGCCUACCUGAGCGUGCUCUCGCCGCGCGAGCUGCUCGCCUCGCCGGCCGUGGCCGUCACGUUCGCCGACCGCGUGCUAGGACCGGUGGCGUUCCUCAUCCCAGUCGGCGUGGCGCUCUCGGUGGCCGGCGCGCUCAACGGCACCAUCCUCAGCACCAGCCGCAUCUGCUUCGCCUCGGCGCGGCAGGGCCACAUGGUGGACAUCCUCAGCUUUAUCCACGCACGCCACCUGACGCCGGCGCCCGCGCUGCUCUUCAACGCCGUGCUCACAUCGGGCAUGAUCGCUGCCGGCAACAUCGACAAUUUGAUCGACUUCUUCAGCUUCAGCGUGUGGAUUUUCUACGGACUGGUGAUGCUGGCUCUGUUGAUCCUGCGCCGCACGCAGCCGGAGCUGCCGCGGCCGUACCGCGUCCACCUCUGGAUCCCGGUGGUGGUGCUGCUGGUCUCCAUGUACCUGGUGGUCGGCCCGAUCGCCGACGCGCCCAAGCUCGAGUACGUGUACGUGCUGUGCUUCCUGCUGUUUGGGGUGGUCGUGUACACACCGUGCGUCUUCUACGGCCACUCGGCGCCUGGCAUGCGGCGCCUGACCGAGCUCUGUCAGAAGGCGCUCGAGGUCGUGCCCACCGACUAGCAGGUCGGUGUCGGCGGUAGAGGGAAGGCGGGAGAAUCCGAUGCGGGCGAUGGACGCUGGAGCUAAUGAAAUAAUGAAUGAAAAUGAAAAUUGGACUGGGAGUGAUGCUUGAUUCGCCCGAACGACGCAUGAAUUGAGAUGAGUAGUCCUGGAAGACUAAGGAAAACUAUUGCAGUGGACGGGUGCAUUAUAAUAGGUACCGCGUGCCUUUGUUUUAAUCACUACGGUCUGUUUUGUAAAUCUCAGGGACGAGAGUGAAAUAAAAAUACCGACAAAUCA